GGAAAUACAAUGCAGAAUCAUGUUACUUUUCAACAAGAAGUCGCUGCACGAGCAGAUAUUCGUAGUAGAAGUAGUACUAAUAUGAAUAUCGCACCAGCAGUGCCUAUUGCAGGUGCAACGGAAACAAGUGUAAGAACAGCAACUAUCUUCACAAAUGCUGAUCGUCGUGGGGCUAAUCGAGGAGCAAGAGAUCGAGGACCUAAUGCAGGAGAACAAAUGGGAAACCGUGAAGGGGAACAACAACCACGUGGAGGUGAACAUUGGCGUGAUGAUGUCGACAUGGGGUCUAGUGGUUCUGCUAAUGUUAAGGCUACCAAGCGAGCAUCCCCCUACAGCAUGAUCCUUGUCUCAUUUUCAAGAGGGAAAUGGAUCCAGGGAGGAGGGUCUCAGGGAUGCACGUUGGUAGCUCUAAUCCCAGUCUUCAAAGUCGUGGUCCACCCAGUCUUCAAAGAACGCAAUGCCAGCGAGGCCCGUUUGAUCCUCUGCCGCAAACAGGGUCUCAGCAUAUCCCUACCGUUUUUCAGACUCUAGGAAGUGGGAGUGGAGGGCAGGCUCAAGAAGUAAAUGGAUUGUCCAUGGCUCAAGAGUCUCUCAACGCUUCAAGACAGCGAGACACCCUACAAUUGCACCAGAAAGGGAUUGUAUCACCAUCAGACUUGAGGCAGGUGUUUCAGCGGAAGUGUGGACCUUAAGAAAAAGGUUGUUUAGAAUAGUUGUUUAGAAUUUUUCGAUGAGUAGAUAGAUUGGAAGUUUUGUUCCCUAUAUAAGGAUAGAAGAGUUGAUGAUGUACUACGGUUGAUACAAUCUGAAUCAAUGCAGGUGUAUUCACGAUAGUAUUUACGAAGUAAUGCACACCAGCAUCUAACAAGUGUUGACAUUUGGUGAAAGAUAUCCAUCAACUACAUUUCAGAAUUUAAUAAACAGAAAUGAAUCCUGCGAGUGCUUGUAGAUAGGUCUAAAGAAGAGCCGAAAGUUUGGACAAGAUGUUAGAGCGCCAUUUACUUCUUGGAGGAAAGCACAGUGAAGCGUCUUCAACGGCAUCAGCAAGUGGAAUUACGAGAGCCCA